UCGUCUUUAUACCUGAGGGUAAGAAAUAAAAUGAAGCAGAAAAAAUGGAAAAACCCCAAAAGUGAUUAAAAUUUUUUAUCAUAAAAUAUAUUAAGACCGUUUCCGAAAGCUAUAAAAGAAUAAUUACGCCUUCAAUAAAAUUAAAGAGUAAAAAUAUUUAAACGUUUUUUUACAGAAGCAGCCUGGAAAUUUAAACAUGGCCAUGAUGACGAAAAUCACAAAGGGAUUUAUAAUAUUAUUUUUAAUGGAAUCAGCUUUUACCAGACGAUUAAUACCCCGACAAUGUAAUCCUUCACCAGAAAGUAAAUGGGAUCUUCUGAUUGGUAGAAGAGAUUUAGAACAAUAUUAUUCAUGCAAUGGUGUAUUUAUUAGACCACAUAUUUUUAUUACUGACGCAGGAUGUGUUCAAAACGCACUUUCAACUUGGAACGGCAGUCAAAUUUUUAUUGACGAAAAGUACUGUGGACAUCCUGUCACUGAAGAUAAGGAAAUAAAAGAAGACGACGUGUAUUAUAAUGACAAUUUUAGUAAAAGUUAUGAUAGGUCUAGAAUACGAAUCGCAAUGUUAAUUAUCAAAAAUGUCCAAGAAACUAAAUUUGUAAGUUUGCCGAAUAAUACUGAAGAUGUUGAUUUUUCAAAAUGUUAUUUAGUUCAACCUAAUGGAGUUGAUGUACAGUUAAAACGUUGCGCUCCUCGAAAUUACGUGAAUAAUGGAACAAGUUAUUAUUAUAGCCAUUUUGAAUGUUUUACCGCCACAAAUAUGAUUUCUGGUAACACAGUAAUUUGCAGCUUAAGAAGAGAUCCUGAAAUUAAAGUUUUAGCUGGGAUAAUAUCAGAACACGGAGAUACAAGGGUUUCAGUCGCUCAUAGACUGAUAGUUACAAUUGAAAAUUUAAGUUACUUAAAGAGUGUUAUAAAUUCAAAAAUACAGAGUUUAGCACUGGUAUAAAUCUCGAAGUAAAGAAUAUAUGUGA